AUGCAAGCCGCCAGUGACCUCCCGGAAUGGGGGGAGAUCGAUCCCUCGAUACCAGGUUUCCCCGGACCAAAGGCAAUGGAGAAAGUGAGACGACGACUGCUGAAAUCAGAGAACGCAAGACGUCGACAACUCGAAGAAGUCUGGAACCGGCGAGCUAACGGGGAGAAGAUCCUGGUAGGGGUAGUGAUGCCCAAGCCAACCGAACAGCAUGGACGCCGAUUCGGUAGGAAGCGCUGCUAUGCAGUCAACCAGAUCAUGAAGUGGUACAGAGAGUACGAGAAACAUCGUCCAGCCUUAACACAGAGUGAUACGCGGCUCAUCGCCCAGUUUCCACUUGAGUUCCGCCAAUGGCCCACUAUGUUCUUCGAACGCUAUCCCGGAUUGAGGCCCACCCCGAACCCACAACAUUACUAUUACGGGUACCGACAAGGAUUUGGGUAUGGAUGGCAUUUGCGACCGGAGCGAUAUCAACAUCAAUCCUCCUUCCCGUACGAAUACUACGACGACUACUCAGGAUUCAUUCGAUGGUGGCCUACCCCAGAAACUCAUGGAAGGCGGGUGAAUUGGGUGGAAGCGUGCCAGGCAUAUCGACUCAACGGCGACGUGGUGACGGGGAUCCCAUUGACAGCUGCCGAGGUGAAUCCUAUCCCAUUUCAGAUAAUCAAAAGGAAAAGGGGUGAGAUCCUCGAGUAUUAUGAGAGCCAAUAUUCCGAGAAGAGGCAAGAACCAGAUCCUACCCCCGACGAGGGAGUAGUUCCGGGCUCAACAAACUCCUCUGAACCCCACGGACCGGGAAUCAUUUCAGCAGACCAGGAGUUGCUAGAUCAACUCAAGCAAGCCCAGGGGCUUAGGUUACCCCUAUCCCCAAUUGCCAACUCCUACAUUUCACACUCUUCUACUAUCACCCCGUCAACUAACAGCCUCUCAGGGGGUACUCCUCCUCGCUCGACACACUCAAGGCACCAAACAACUUCCCCUACACCCACAGUUACCACAGACCCCAUGCUCGGUCCUAGAAAGGGCACCUCGGUAGCCUCUUCUCCAAUCUUCGCUGAAUCACUUGACUGGAUCAUUAGGCACGACUUGGGAACGCGUCGAGUCUCACGGAAGGUAGCCCCAAUUGCAUGUAUCGAACCUACUCUUGAACGCUUUUGGGGAUUGAAGGAGAUGCGAGAUCGUCAAAUGAACUCCCAGCAAAUUCCAAGUGAAACACAAAUGAAUCCGUCUCCUGAACAGUUUCUCCCGCCUUACGAUGUUCAGCUUGGUCCAAGGAAUCGACCUCUCCCGUCCGCUCCAUCAAAUCCGCAGCUAGGCUUCCUAGCGCCACUCCCACAAGCGAUCACAUUCUCUCAAGAGCAGUUCACGCAGCUCAUGAUAUCGCAACAGCAGAAUCUACUUGAUAUACUUCAGAUGCAAGCAGGGAGGAUGAACCCGGGCCAAUUGCAGUACCAAGCUCAACCUGUGUUGUCCCAGUCGGUUCCCGCUCGAAAUCCCGAGACGGAGUCAAUGAUGGCGGAGUUGAAUUGGGCGAAAGCACGAAUUAAGGAACUGGAAGGAAGGAUCAAUGAUGGCUCCUCACAGCGAAGAGGACCUUCUAGAUCGGAAGCCGUGCCACACACCACCCCGGCCCAAGUACCACCGAAAACAUCUCAGGUGGGACCAACCCAGAAUGAGUCAAUCUCAAUCGAUUCCAGUCUAGUUCGGGAACACGCUCCCGGCUCGAGCCCACCAGCCACAGCAGCUCACAGUCAAGUUAAGCCGGUUCAGUCCACCACAAGUCAAGAUCCAGGGAAAUAUUCUCAUCCAAACCCUAGUCUCGUCACCCCAGUCGCUACCCCGAAGUCGAAGAAGCCACCGAACUACAACAUCCUACCUAAACUAUCGAAGCGCAGGGCCAAUCCCGCUCCCCCCACUUUGCCAGGACUCCAGUCCCAGUCCAGCCCGAGCAAAGUCCAGGAAAAGAGGCCACCUAGCCCGUUCGACCCCAAGAUACUUCCCCAUCCUAAGAUGGUGAAAUUUCAGCAUAAGGAUACUGCCAAACAGAGAUCAGCUGAACUCCCGAACAAUCCAAGUCCCGAACCGACGUCGGUACCCAAAUCUAAUCCGUCUCCCAUCAUCAGGGCAACUCCAGUUGACAAUGCCACCACAAAGGAUGGAGUUGACCCAAAAAAGCCCGUUAGUGCACUUCAGAAGAAAACCAACUGGUAUCGGGGACAUGCGAGUGAAAUGGAUAAGAUUAUAGAGAAUCAAGAUCUUCUUAUCCAUACCCAGUGGAAGGAAAGCAAGGCACUUCGGGCCAGAAUUAAGGAAGGAGAGUCCCUCCUAAAAGCCCGGCAAGCCACAGCGUGGUUCGUUGAAAGUUUGGGUCCCCUUCCUUCCCGCCCUCCACUCUCAACAUAUCUUGACGACAAGAAAUGA